GAAACACUGUAGGAUAACAGGUUAGAACCUCUUUCAGAGUAAUCUUUCACGAUAAAAUGGCCUAACACUCUUGAAACGCAAACUUUUUAAAAAUUCCCAGUGAUAUUAAACACAAAUAAAUCGAAACCGAUCGAAAACAUCAACAGACACCCCCUGGGCAUGUUUUAGCGGCGCGGACCACCUCGGGAACAUGCAGUCCUUCACUUGGACUGGGCGGAUUUUAUCUCGUGCGCUUUGGAACGGGCUCAACAACUAUUCGACUUUGUGCAGCGAGCCGAAUUUGAUAGCGGGCAGACAACGCGAACCCCACAUCCUCUCUGUCGUCUCCGGCUUUCCAAAGGAGCUUUCAAAGUCAAAAUUGAAAAAGGGCCAGUUCGGCGACGACGCCUGGUUCUCGGCCAAAGUCAAAUCGGCUGAUGUAUUAGGUGUAGCAGAUGGAGUUGGAGGUUGGAGAGAUUACGGUAUUGACCCAGGAGAAUUUUCUUCGUUUUUGAUGAAGACGUGUGAACGACUAGUCACAAGUGGAAGAUUCAUUUGUUCAGAGCCAGCUCGCCUCUUGGCACACAGUUACUAUGAACUAUUGGAAAACAAAAAGCCAAUUUUAGGAAGUAGUACAGCUUGUUUAGUUGUACUCAAUAGAGACACAAGUACUGUGUACACAGCUAAUAUAGGAGACAGUGGAUUUUUAAUUGUGAGACAUGGUCAAGUAGUGCAUAGAUCUGAAGAACAGCAGCACUAUUUUAAUGCCCCGUAUCAACUUUCUCUACCGCCUCCUUAUCAUACACCAAUAGCACUCAGUGAUCGGCCAGAGUCUGCAAACACGACAAACUUCCGAGUUGAAGAUGGUGAUGUGAUAUUGUUAGCUACAGAUGGCGUCUUUGAUAACCUACCCGAUCAAAUUUUAUUGAACGAGCUUUCUCGUGUCCAGGGCGAAAAGGAUCCUGUUAAGCUUCAAUUAGUCGCCAACUCUAUAGCUUUUAUGGCAAGGAAAUUGGCUUUCGAUGAAAAAUUCCUUUCCCCCUUUUCUAAGGCGGCAAGAAGCCAAGGGUGGGACGUCACAGGUGGGAAACCAGAUGAUAUUACUGUCCUUCUGGCAACGGUCGCACUCUACUCAUGAAAGCUACUUGUAAUAAUGAAAUCAGUUAGUUACCUGUUACAUUGUCAGACCAGCAUACAUUAAAUUAAAUAAAGGAAACACUGAUUGCUACUGA